AUGACGAAUCUCGACGUCAGCAACAGCAGCACCGACAGCAGCUCCGGCUCCACGUCGGACAGCAGCAGCAGCGGCAGCUCCUCCACCAGCUCGGGCUCCGGCUCGAGCAGUUCCGACUCCGAGUCCUCCACGUCCGAGGUGCCGGGCCUGCUCGCCGCCGCCGCUGCCGCUCCCGCCCCCGCCGCCCCUCCCACCGCCGCCCCCGCCCCCGCCGGGCCCGCGACGCCCCCCGCGCCCGCCGCCCCCAAAUCGCCGACGCAGCCGGCCGAGGAGCCGAAGAAGGACGAGCCGAAGCGCAGGCCCUCCAAAGGCAAGGCGACGUCGUCGAGCGAAGAGGAGGCCAGGAAAUCGACGACCCCCAAAACCUCGCCGCCCCGCCGCCGCGCCUCGGCCAAGUCGACCGCCCCUAUUAGGGCGAAGCCCCCCCAGAGGGCAGCGACCGGCGCCAAAGCGAAGGCGAUCUCGAAGACGAUCCCGAAGACCCAGCAGCGGUCGGACAGCACGAAGAAGAAGAGCAUAUUCUCGCCGGACAACAGUUCCGAGUCCGAGCCGGAGGGCGCGGUCAAGGAGAGCAGCCCGAAGGCGUCGCCGCCCGGCAAGAGGACGCCGGAGAAGGAACCGAGCGGGGGGUCGACGCCGCCGCUGCCGGCGGACGCGGCCGUGAAGGAGAUCGCGAAGAGACGCAGCAGCCGCAACAGCGGCCCGCCGGCCAAGAAGCCGGUGGAGGGCAAGAGCGGCUCCUCGUGCUCCUCCAGCCAGUCUUCGGAGUCCGUCUCGUCCGAGAGCGACAGCGAGCCCAACUCGAAGAAGGGCUCCCCCAAGCCAACCAAGGCCAAGCCGGCCGCUGCCACGAACAAGUCCCUUCCGCAGCCGCAGGACGUCCCCAAGGUCGGCGACUCAGGCGAUUCCACGCUGCCCAGGAAAUUGACCAGGUCGUUUUCGGCGCGGGCCAACCGGCUGGCGACCGCCUCCAGGCCACCCCAAACAGACACGGACUCGGAGGCCGAUGACAAGAAGAACAUAAAGCUGUCCCCGUUCAGCUGCGCAAAGGAGGCGAAGAGGAACCUGAAGGGCAGAGCACCUGUGCCCAGGUCACCGGUGGUGGCUGACACCGCUCCCCAGAUGCCCUCCGAGCGCUGCUGCCCCGUCAGGGGCUGCGAUUCGAGCGGCCACCUGGGCGGGAAGGCGGCGCGCCACUUCACGUGGGACGCUUGCCCCACGUACCACAACGUGACGGCGGCGUGGUGCGUAGCGGCGGCGGAGGAGCGGGCGGCCGCCUCUACGGCGCGUAGGCGAGCGCUCACCGCUCUACAGCAGCGGCCGCGCGCGAUGCCGACUAUCGAGCAGCGCGCCUACCAGCUCAAAGUCAAGGACAUGCGCUCCAAAUGGAAAGGCAGCCAGGAGCUGCGCGAGAAGCUGGCCGCCUCCACCGAGGAGGUGAACGAGGAGCGGGAGCCUGCGCUCGAGGGGUUCGCGCCCGACUACGACCUGAGGCUGUUCCGCGAGGCCCAGGCCCUGGCCGCGAUCAAGGUCGAGGAGGAGCUGGGUGACCUGCCCUCGGAUAAGGGGACCAGAUACGUGGUGAUGGGCAAGUUCAUGAUGGAGGUGUGGUACCAGUCGCCCUAUCCGGGCGACGCGGCGCGCGUGCCCCGCCUGUUCGUGUGCGAGUUCUGCCUCAACCACCACAAGUGCGCGGCUGGAGCGACGCGCCACCGCUCCAAGUGCGUCUGGCGGCACCCGCCGGGUGACGAGGUGUACCGCAAGGACAACCUGAGCGUGUGGCAAGUGGACGGACGGAAGCACAAGCACUACUGCCAGCAGCUCUGCCUCCUCGCCAAGUUCUUCCUGGACCACAAGACGCUCUACUACGACGUGGAGCCGUUCCUCUUCUACGUGAUGACAUGCGCCGACGACGAGGGCUGCCACAUAGUCGGCUACUUCAGCAAGGAGAAGAACUCGUUCCUGAACUACAACGUCUCCUGUAUCCUGACCCUGCCGCCGUAUCAGCGCCAGGGCUACGGGAGACUGCUCAUUGACUUCAGUUAUCUGCUGACAAAAGUGGAGGGCAAAGUCGGCUCCCCUGAGACACCCCUGUCAGAUCUCGGAGCGAGGACUGAUGAAAUAUUGGAAGGGGAAACAUAUUGUUUUGAAGAAGCAGGAGGUGCUCGAGGAGGUCACCCGCCGUGCGGAGCGCGUGCGCUGCGUGGACGCCGCGUGCCUGCGCUGGUGGGCGGGCGCUACGCCCCGCUGACGUCGCGCCCCGGCGCGGGGGGCACGCGCACGGGCAGCGGGGGUGCUGGGGGCGGGGGUCGCGGGGCUGGAGGGGGCGAGGGGGCCGAGGCGCCCCUCCCGCCUGCCGCGCCGCCCCCGCCGCCCGCCCAGCAGCGCGGCCCGCGCCCUGCUCUAGCACACCUCGCCCUCCGCGCCCCCCUCGCCCAGCUCGGCGGCAGCGCGCGCGCCGCCCUCGUGGCACUACCCGGUGGCGCGCCGCGGCCGCCUCUGCGCCACCGUGCACCUGCCCGCGCCCGAGCCACACCAGCCCGACUACGACACCGCGUAGCUCUACGACGCGACGUACGCCUACGCGAUGCCUCCGCGCCGCAGCUACGGUUCCUCGCACCGCGUAAUCGCUACAUCGGAAGCUACGAGUUGCUGAUUUGCUCCGUCCUUUCGGUUUUGACCAGGGAACGCGACAAUAUCAGCCGAUCGGUG